CAUCAGCUUUGGAGAAAACUAAGUUACUAACCAUGACUAACGUUUUGUGGUCCCUGGAAAACUAAAGCACGAGGAAGUCAGAUGCUUUAAAUUCAAGAGAAGCUUGUUGAAUUCACCAACAUUUUUGCCCUAUCAAGUACUUCUAGUCUACUCAGACGAUAGAUUUGUUUCCUGAUUGAUAAAACAAAGAACGUCUCGUAAUGAGGGCUUUGUUCAAGAGGCUGAAAUCCAUUGAUCAUUGGAAAAUGGCUGCAAUCUGUCGUUCUUGUCAAAUAAAUCUCAGAAACAGUUUCCUGCAAUCCUCUAGCACUGUAAGAUGUGUUCAGACUAUUCAAAGUGAUUCUCUUGACCGAGUGCAUCAAGGUCUCAUACAUGAAGGUAAUGUGAAUCGCUUGAACGGACCAUCUUUCUGUAUACCAAGAAGAGACUUCUCAACUUCACUUCCAUUUCACCAAGAACUUUUAACUGCAAGGAAAAACUUUAAAUCCUCAGUUUUAUUCUUAGUCCCUCACUCAGUGACGUUUCGACUCUCUUCAUCAUGGGUCAAAAGCUUCCGGGAGAAAUCUACACAACAUCUUUCAAGAUCAUCAGGAGAUCAUCUUCAUGAGUUAAUAAAUAAAUACUGUACACAAUCUGUUCUUGAAGAUGAUGUAAAGCGGGAAGAGAGCUAUGCCCAUGAUUUGAGUAAGGCAUUAUUGACGGGUGAGAGAUGGGCAUUGGCUAGAGCUAUAACCCUUGUUGAGGCAACACAUAAAAAGGGUAAGAGACAAGCCCAGAUCUUACUGAGAACAGUUCUAGAUCAUCUAAGAGAGGUUCAACUGAAGAACAGAGGUAUCCCACCUUCAUUUAGGAUAGGAUUGACAGGUCCCCCAGGGGCUGGAAAGUCUACUUUCAUUGAAGCAAUGGGAAAGAAAUUGACUAGUGAAGGUCACCGUGUAGCUGUCCUUGCUGUUGAUCCUUCAUCAUCUAUUACUGGAGGUUCUCUCCUUGGUGAUAAGACCCGGAUGACAGAGCUUUCAAGAGAUCCUAAUGCUUACAUCAGAGCAUCACCAUCAGCUGGUACACUUGGAGGUGUGACAAGAAAUACCAAUGAUACUAUAUUACUAUGUGAAGCAGCUGGCUAUGAUGUCAUCAUUGUGGAAACGAUAGGUGUUGGUCAAUCAGAGUAUGUUGUUGCUGACAUGGUUGACAUGUUAGUUCUUCUGAUUCCACCUGCUGGUGGUGAUGAGCUCCAAGGUUUAAAGAAAGGUAUCGUAGAGAGAGCAGAUUUUAUCCUCAUCAAUAAAGCUGAUGGUGAACUUCUUAUACCAGCCCGUAGGAUGAGGAGUGAGUAUACCAGCGCUGUCAAACUCAUGUACAAGAGAUCUUCAUUAUGGAGUCCUAAGGUAAAGCAGGUUUCAUCCAAGACUGGUGAUGGUCUGAGUAAGGCUUGGGAUACGAUGGAGGAAUACCGAGGUAUCAUGACAGAAUCUGGGGAGUUCAUCACCAAAAGACAACGCCAGAGGAGAGUAUGGAUGUGGCAGCAUAUCAAAGAUAGAAUGAUGGAAGAAUUCAAAGAUAAUCAAGAUCUAAGAUCUCAUAUCAAACAUUGGGAAGAAGAAGUUAUGGCUGGGAGAUCAACCUCAGGAAUUGCUGCUGAUAACCUUCUCAACACUUUCUCAAAACUCUCCAGGAAUUUCAAAUCGUAAUACAGUAUAGGUAAAUUGAUGUGCCUCUGUGAAUGAUUCAUAGAGUAUUGUUAUAAAAUAUUGAUGGUGAGUGCUUCCACUUUUAUGGAAUUCAAUACAGAUUGGAUUGCCUUUAUGCUUUUUCAGCUUAUUCAUGAUGUAACAGGGGGGGUCAUAAAUAUAUAUUAAAUUGUCUUCAAGUAGGGUGACCCUUUCUAAUGCUGAAUGAUAUGUCCCUAUGUAACUGACUAAGCACCUGAGAACAUGAUCCAGUUUUGACUGGUAACCCUUUUUGAUGCUGAAUGAUAUGUCCCUAGUGUGCUUGGAAUCACUAGUCUGCUUCCUCUCAACAUGCACUGCCCAUCCACACAAAGCUUAUCUUUGAUUGGUACUUAAGAUUUUUGUGAGCACUGAUCCCAAUGUCCACUCUGGAUAUAGUUUCUGAUUUCUUUGAGUUCUGGGUCAUGCUCAGAUUCUCUUUCUACCUCUCAAGUGGUCACUGCCCCUGGAGUAGACUGCAUAGCGAUGAAUCGCACAAAACUCUCAGGUUCUGUCUCCAGCUUCGAUGUGGUACUACUAUCUCCAGAUAAUAGUCUUGACAAAGAGUCUGCUAUGUUCAUCUUCCCUGGUAUGUGCACCACCUUAUAAUUGUAUUGUUGCAACUGCAACACCCAGCACUCAAUGCGUGCACAUGGCUUUGACCUUGGUGAGUACAUGACUUCUAACGGUUUGUGAUCCGUGACCAGCUGGAAUUUGAUUCCAAACAAGUAAGGGUGGAAUCUCUCACAUGCCCAUACCAGUCCUAGGGCCUCUUUUUCUGUUUGUGAGUACCUUCUCUCUACAUUUGUCAACGCUUUACUGGCAUAAGCAAUGAUCCUUGGUCCUUCAGCAUGAAUCUGCACUAGAAUACCAACUGGACUUGCAUCAGCAAUCACUUUUGUCUGUGCCUUGGGAUCAUAGUAUCCUAAAGUCUCCGCACUAACAAGGCAUCCUUCGGAGCAUUGAAUGCCUUCCGCUGCUCAUGGCCAAAUUAGAAGGGUACAUCUUUCCUGGUCAACUUUCUCAAGGGAUCAGAGAGGGUGGCAAAGUUUGGAAUGAACUUUGCACAAUAGUUCACAAGUUCCAGGAAGCUUCUCAUCUCAGUUUCAUUCUGUGGCUCUCUGGCAUUUGCAACUGCUUCCACCUUGGCCUUGGCUGGAUUCAGACCUUCACUGGUAAGUCCAUGCCCCAUGAAAUCCAACUCUGUUACUCCGAACUUGCAUUUCUGGGUAUUGACCGUUAGUCCUGCCUCUCCAAGCUUAGCUAAGACUGCUCUAAGCUUCAUGUCAUGCUCGGACGAUGAUGUCGUCCGAGAUGUUAGCUACACCUGGUAUCCCCUGGAUGACCCGGUGUGUUUUGUACUGGUAUAUCUCCAGUGCUGCGUUGAUACCGAAUAACAGUCUUUUAUAUUGGUACAGUCCACAGUGGGUCACAAACGUCACAUCCGGUGAGGUUGCAUCUAACUCCAAUUGAUGAUAUCCCCAUUUCAAUUCAAUCUUUGAGAAGAUUUUGCUUGCAGUUAGCUCUUGCAACACUUCUUCCACCAUGGGAAUAGGAUGUCUUUCCCUUUGUAUAGCCUCAUUGACUCGCUGCAUGUCUAUGCAUAAUCUGAUGUCAUUAUUGGGUUUUGGCACGAUGACAACUGGGCUCACCCACGCAGUAGAGUGCUCGACUGGUUCUAUGAUAUCGAGCUCCAUGAGUUCCUUGAUUUUGGAACGGUGUUCUGUGCACAGGUUGGGCGAUUGGCUUGACAGUCUCAUCUACAGCCAGUCUGACUUGGCAUCCCUUCAGCUUUCCAACCCCAUGGAACAUCCCAUCAAAUUCACUCUUGAGGUCUUCAUAUGACUGCACCACCGAUAAACUUGAGCCCCGAGUACUUGAAGAUUUCCAAGUUCUUUUUCAGUACUUUUUUAAAGUAACGGCUCUCCCUCUUCUUCGAUGACAGUAAACUCUGCUUCAACUUUCCUGCCGCCAACUUCUACUAUUAAAGGUGGUAAAACAGCCUAUGGUGUGCAGGGGUAAUCAAAGUGAGUUUACGUAUAGGAUAGAGUUUAGAUUGAAUUCUCAUUUCCUCACGUACCGGUACUAGAUUGAAUGAAGAAAAAAAAUCUCGGCAAGUGUGCGUCCGGAUAAUAGAGAGAUCCGGAUAAGGGGAGGCCGGAUAAGAGAGGUCGGACUGUAGAUUACAAUAACAAAAUCAAAGAGUAAAAAUUUUAGAUUAAAAUUAAGUGAAACACUCCUGCAGCAAAAAUAAAAAGGAUGGGGUUAAGGGGGUGGGGAAGAAGCACUAAUGUAAGAUGUGAGUUUACAUGCAUACGAUCAAUAAAAGGAAAAUAACAUUUUCCUGCAUGAAAAUCUAAAUCUUGAUAAGGUAGAACUGUUUUUUAUAUCAUUUGGAAUUUCGUUCCAUAGUUUGGGGAAGUAAGUCUUCAAUGAAUUAAAAGCAAUAGAUGUUGGAGCAUGUGGAGGGCGUAGGCAUGAUGAGUGGUGUGAGAAUGGAUUUGAGAAUUUGAAACAAAAAUGUCACUGAAGAGAGGUGGUAAGACUCUGGCAUUAAGCUUGUACAUAAAAACUAAGGAAUUUAGUGAUAUCAGAUCUUUUAAAGUUAAUAAAUUUGAUUGUAAAAGCAAAGGCUUGGUAUGACUAUUAAAAGGAGCACUUGAGAUAAGUCGUAUUGCUUUCUUUUGUAAAAUUGUCAAUUUAUUAAUCUAAUCUAAGUGUGUUUUGAAUGUACGUACAUUGACACCGACAUGACGUACUCAACCCCGACCUUUCUUUGACACAUGUCCUGAACUAGUACCGGAUCUUUCCUUGUCUUUCUUCUCACUACCCCUCUUGGCUUUCUUCUUGCUCUUUGAUUUACAUUUCUUUGCAAAAUGAUCAUGACCUCCACAUGAUCUAUAUGCCUUGCCUUUAGCUGGACACGAAGCGUCGCUUCCAAAAUGACCUAGAUUUCCACAUCGAUAGCACUCAUGUCCACUCUCAGCAUUACGUCUGGACUUGCUAUGUGACGUCUUUCCAGAGCUGGUAGUGAGCUGAUUCAAUUGGCCUCCACCAGACCUUUUAUCUAGUUUCAUGGACUGAAACUAUACUUCAACCGCCUCAAAUGACUUGAUGAUGACCAAAGUCUCUGCUAAAGUAAGAGUCUGCCCCUUCUUUACGACAUAGAUUAUUGCUUCUGCAAUUCUGUAUGACUUGAUCUCUGAUCUGAUUAUCAGCACCAUAAUUGCACCCUUGAGCUGCCUUUCUCAGCCUAGUUACCAUUUGAGCUACAGUUUCCCUCUCCUACUGAGAAAUUUGUCUGAAAACAUGGCAUUGGAAUGUAGCAUUCAAAGAAAUAACAAAAUGUGCAUUAAGGGCAUCAACAGCUGCUUUGUAAUUAGCCUUACCUCCAGUAUUUGCCAAUGUCUUAAAAAUCUCACGUACUGAUGCUCCAGCACAGUACAGAAGCAAAGCCCUCCGUCUGGUGAGUUGCGACGCCGGCGUAUCGUCCUCCUCAAACAGCCCAAGACUGUCGGCGUAGGCAUCAAACUCUUCAUACCACACCGUCCACCGCGCACUCACAACACUUGCGUCUCCAUCUGUAUCAAACGCAUUUACCCCCUUGACACCAAACAUUUCAAUUCCUCCCGAAGCUAUGUUCCUUGCAUAAAAGUCCAAAAAUGUACUAAACAUCCUCGUCACCAGUGUCACAUCUCAACCUUAAUUAAACCACGGGGUAGUGGAUAAAAAUUCAGUCCAUACCCUGUAUUUAUUACAAGCAUUACUGGUUUAUUGCUCCAUACUUAUAACUGUCCGAUCGCUUACAUCGUGCACAUGCCAAUUGACCUCGGGGUCAACCAGUUCAUUUGCAUAUUAUUCAUGACAAGUGGGUUGAACAGGCCAUAAUACAGCUCAGUAGCAGCCAAAGUAGAUUUAUUCCCAAUUUGACCAUUCUGGUCGCUUUUUCGGGAAAUGGGUUGCAUACUUGGCGCAUUCGGCCAUAUUUAUUUGAUUUGGGACAUUAUUCUGCUUUAAUCUGAGCAUUCAGAGAACAUUUGUCUUGAUGACCUCCAAAAAGUUUCAUCUUUUCCCAGAUGUCUUCUGGUAAAGUCCAAACGUGAUCUUGUGUGGAUGGGUUUUAGGAGUGGAGUCUUCCGUAGCCAUUGUCCAUUCAAUCCUGCCUUAUUCAAGGUCCUCUGGAUGGUUUGCCUGGAAAUAUUGGUCCCUUUACCAUUGAGAUCUUUUAGCAUCUCCUUUGUGGUGAUUCAGGGGUUGACAGCGGCAGCUCGAACUAAACAUCUCGCUUGCCUUGCCGAGACUGGGCUUCUGUCCGGGUCUUUUAAAGUUGUCCACUUUGUUGCAAGUCUUGUCCUUUCUGAUGAUGCUCUGGACAGUAGCCACAUGAAUCUUAAAACGCUUGGACAUUGCCUUGUAGCCCAAACCAUCUUUGUGACACCAUUCACUAUUCACAAUCUCAGGUCAUCACUAAGUUCCUUUUGCUUGACCAUGACACUGAUUCUCAAUUUAUAGAACCACUGAUAUUUCUUUAAUUCAGAGACUUUUACUUUCACUACAAAAUUUCAUUUUAAAAUGCAAAAUGCCCCCCCCC